AUGGAAGGUACAGAACUGGGUGGCGACCAGCAAUUCUGUUUGAGAUGGAACAAUUUUCAAGCGAAUAUAACUUCUCAAUUCGAGGCACUGCGCGAUGAUGAGGACUUCGUGGACGUCACCCUGGCAUGCGAAGGUCACAGGCUGGAGGCCCACAAAGUGGUUCUCUCAGCGUGUAGUCCUUAUUUCAAGGAAUUAUUCAAAAACAAUCCAUGUCCUCACCCCAUAAUAUUCAUGCGCGACUGCGAGGUGUCGCAUAACAAUCCAUGUCCUCACCCCAUAAUAUUCAUGCGCGACUGCGAGGUAUCGCACGUGCGAAACAGCCCUAUUCUUUGGAAGGUUCUAAACCCGUGUUCUAAACGCCCCGUUUUGUUCCAGAACAAUCCAUGUCCUCACCCCAUAAUAUUCAUGCGCGACUGCGAGGUGUCGCACGUGCGCGCGCUCCUCCAGUUCAUGUACGUGGGGCAGGUCAACAUCGCGCAGGCGCAGCUCUCGGCUUUCCUGCGCACCGCCGACGCGCUGCAGAUCCGCGGCCUCACAGACUGCUCGCAACACAACGACAAAAAAGUCAAUCGUAAAUCUCCUCCUUCCCAACUACGUAAUUUGCUCAGCGCCAAGCCGUCACAUUCUACCUCCUCCUCCAAAGCCGCAAGCCAAAACGUCGAGACCACCUCCGUCGAGGAGGACAAGAGCGCGCGCCGCUCGACGAGAAAUUCUCCCGAUGUUGCCAGAAAUAAUCUCAACGAAGAAGCUCCAUUUCAAACUUCUAGUCAAAUGAGGCCUAAUAAUGAUGACUAUAGCGAAACGUGCAACUACCCUUCUCUGAGGGUGAAAACUGAUCUCGAAGCGCCAGAAGUGAAAAAUGAGGAGAGCGAUAUUCUUAUGGAUCCCGGCGACGGGGACAGGGCCGACAAGUGUCAAGAGUUUAAUGCAUCAGAUCUUUUGGAACCAAAAAUGGAAGUCAUGGAACAAGAAGCUAGUGACGAGGAGCGUUCCAGCUUUCCGCCGAUGUACUAUGAAAAUAACGCAUUAGCGAACCCCUUCGCAGCUCUGCAAGGUAACGUGGAUCUCAUGAGCGGCAUCGGCACGGAGCUCCGGGACGACAACGCGGAAGUAGGGCGAUGGGACGGACGCCGCACGCGACCCGUGCCCGACGCGGUGUGGCUCGAACAACACCGACGCGCGCUGCCCUUCGUGCUCAAGAGAGAGAACGAGCGAGAAGUUGCAGCACCAAGGCUGAUAAAGCUGGGCGAGGGAGUGGAAAUCCGGGAAGAAUUGCUCCGCGGCGUCAAGUGGGGCGACUAUCGGAAGGUGACGCGGGGGCUGGCGGCGGCGCUUUUUUCCCCCAUCGAGCUGGCCACGUGCUCCGUCACGGGACAGCGCUGGUCCCGCGCGGGGCAGGAGUCCCGGCCCACCAAGCCGCCCCUCGACCGCCGCAGAGUCCACGCCCUCAUAUCUUACGUCUCCCGACACUUCCCGGACGUAGAAGUCAGCAGGAUCAAGCAGGUGCUAGCGUACAAGUGCAAGGAGAACUGCGCCGCUCUAAGGAUGCGAACCGCCAGCGAGUCCACCAACUAUCUGCUGAGCGCGGCAGCUAGGCCCCCGCCCUGCGACGACGCGCCGGGCGGCAGCGCGCGACCGCCCUAUCCUAAUUUUGAAUCGUCGAAGGGUCCCGGGCCGCUGGGCGCGGGCGGGGGUGCGGGCGGGGGCGGGGCGGCGGCGGGCGAGUUCGGGCGCGCGGGCGACGAGCCCGAGGGCGCCGCGCAGUGA